AGUGAAAGAGGAAGGUCAAGAACACAAUGAAGUAAAGGAUGAACAUCAGGACCAAAUUUUUUUGUCUGACAGCCUCUCAGAAACUAAUAACAAUUCCCCUCAAAAAAGAGUUAAAGCAAAAAAUGUUUUUGAAUGCCAUCUUUGUGGUAAGACUUUCUCACAAAAAGGGUACCUAAAGUAUCACCUAAUGAUUCACACUGGUGAGAGGCCUCACGCAUGCUCCCACUGUGAGAAGACUUUCAUCCAUAAAUGUGAACUUAGGGAUCACAUGAUGAUUCACACAGGUGAGAGGCCUUUUGCCUGUCCUCAGUGUGAUAAACGUUUCAUUACUAAAGCAAGACUUAAUAUUCACAUAAAGACUCACAGUACUGAAAGUCCGUACGUCUGCCCUCAAUGUGGAAAGACUUUCACAUGUAAAGAAUAUCUUUAUAACCAUAUAGCAACUCACAAUCAGACAAAGCCUUUCUCAUGCCCUCAGUGUGGAAAUAAUUUUUCAUGUAAGAGAAACUUAAAUGCUCAUGUGAGACGGCACACCACUAGUGAUGGCCCGUACCCCUGCUCUCAUUGUGGAAAGAGUUUCUCAUUUAAAACACGUCUACAGGAUCACAUACGAAUUCACACUGGAGAGAAACCUUUCACAUGCCCUCAGUGUGACAAGACUUUUGCUCAACGAGUACAGCUUAGGUAUCACAUACGAAUUCAUACAGGUGAAAAGCCUUUCUCGUGCCAUCUGUGUGAUAAGAGUUUUAUACAAAAAAAAUUUCUUAAGUGUCACAUGCGACUUCAUACAGGUGAGAGACCUUUUUCAUGCCAUUUGUGUGAUAAGAGUUUCCCCCAGCCAAAAGAUCUCAGAGUUCAUCUGCGCUUUCACUUGAACGACAGGUUGUUUAGCUGCGAUCAGUGCGAUAAGAAGUUUGUUUUUGCGUCUAUGCUUAGAGAGCACCUUCAGAUUCAUUCAAAUGAGAGGCCGUAUUUGUGUUCUGUUUGUGGGAAGAGUUUUCGAUCACUCAAAAAAUUUAAAGAGCACCAGAAAAUACAUACAGGUGUGAGAAAACAUGUGUGCUCUGUGUGUAAUAAAGCCUUUCUGAGAGCCCCAGACCUAAAGCGACACCAAAAGAUCCAUGAAGAAAAAUCCUGAAAGUGCUCACAUUGCUGAAAGAGUUUUAUUGAGCUUAGGAAGCUAAUAAAACACAAGUGACUGUAUAUCUCCCAGAGAAAAGUGCUGUCCACAAAGAGUGGAAAUUCAAUCUUUAGG